AUGGACGCCGGUUCGCCCGGCGGCCCGCCCGCGCUGCUGUUGUCCGAAGAGCAGAUGGUCGAUGCGCAACAGCCCGCCGACAACUUGGAGGGCCCGUUGGCGGCCCUGAGGGAGGCAUCGGGCGAGUUCCGGGCUGCCGUGCGGAUGGACGACCGCGCGGCGGUACCGCGGGGAGACGCCUUGUGCAGCGAGUCGGGCGGGGACCUCAAGUUUCGGUCGUCCAGGGCGCUGAAGCGGAUCCUCGAUGCCAGGGCGGGGGUCAGGAAGAGGCUGAAGGCAGAUCGUGACAAGAUUGCUACAAGCAUGGGAUUGGACAGAAUAAGGGCAGCUGGACACCACAGUUGGAACCGAGUAGAUUGCUCUUUCCAUCCCAUGACAAGGCACAUCUCUGGCACCUCGAAGACGAUGGUGGGGGUGUUGUCACUUUCUGUUCCCAGUAAAUUCAUAAAUAGCCCAAAACAACCUGGGAAAUAA